UGAGCCUCAGAAACAAAGAACCCGUCAUCCCCACGGCCGCUUCUCUCGAUUUUGCGGGCCUCCCGGCUUCCUUCUCCUGCUCCUGCCACCCAGACCGUCCCAGCCCUUGCCAUGGGCGACUAGGGUUUCCUUCCACCCCCCCUCCUUCUCCCCACCCCCCGCGGGACCCGCUCUCCCCUCCUCCCCCCCUGCCGCCGCCGCCGCCCCCGCCCUCCCCGAGCCGGCAGGGACGGCGCCGGCCCAGAUCCGGGCGCCGCCGGACCCGCCCCCAGAUCCAGUCGCCGCCCCGCCGGAGGAACGCUGCCGCGGCCACCACGACCUGGGUUCGCUUCAGUUGAGUAGAGAUGGAUUACAUAUCCCCUGAUAGAAGUCUGGAAGGGGCUUGUGGAGAUCCCGGACCUUUAUUUGGAGAUCAUGAUGGGAGCUUGUUAGAGCACAUGGGUUUUCACGGGGAUCCACAACAUGUAUCUCCACAGCUAAAUGAAGGGCUUUUAGUUGAUUCAACUGACCAAAUUUCAUAUUUGGCUGCUGAUUCUCCGUCCUUCAUGAAUGAUCAAAUCCCAUGCAAUACAAUGAAGUCUGCCUCAACUAGUCCAGCAUCUCCCCUGAAGCAAGCAGAUGACCAUCAUGUGCAUAUAGAUUCUGAUAUGGAAAAUGAUGCAGCUGAACAAAAUCUUCACGAUAGUUACUCUGAAGCACAGACUACUUCUCUGGGUUACGGCAUACAUCGGAGAACAGAAGUGGCUGAUGCUGCGCAGCCCACAGAGCUUCAUGAAAGUAAUGGUAAUAAUGAUACAUCGAACUUUCAAGAAGAAACCACACAAUCUGACACCUAUCUUGGCGAUGCUAUGCUAAAUGAAAAUGGCAGUAGGGAUUACCAACUUAACAAUAGUGGUGCUGAUGAUGAUGAAAUUCCAAACUCUCCAGCGCUUGAGAUGGAAGAUGUCGACACCAGAGCGUUACAUGAGACUUCUCACGAUGAAAAGUAUGAGGCAGAGGAUGAUCAAAUGAAUGGUAGGAAUUCCAGUCCUUGUGAUGAACAUGAUGAGGACAACUGCAACUCUGUGAUUGAGCCAUCUUAUUUAGAUGUGAUGGAGCAUGAAAAUCCUGGUACCAAAAAUGGCAUGUUGACACCAAGCAAUCAAUGGGAUUCUCCUCCUGAAAGUUCUGCAAGAUUGGAAAAAGGGACACCAUCACCAGACAGGAUGGUCUCACUUCCAGUUGGAAGGUCUCCUCGUACUCAUUCACCUAAGGAACUGGAUUCACCACGUCCUGAAAAUGAGGUUGGUAAAUUAGCCACUUCUCAAAACUCACCUGUUAGACGUCGGUCCCGGUCUCCUGGAAAGCAUGAGACUAACCGCAGAAGGGCUUCUUCACGUGAGUUAUCUCCGCAUGGUCGACAGAACUCUCCAUCUCCUCCAGAAAAGAAAGCACGAAGGGAGCAUCGACAUGGAGAUGGGUCACCGCGACGAAGAUCUGUGUCUCCUAGAAGAAGGGCUUUGCCCAAGAGGAGAGACUCACCAAGGAGAGACUCUCCAUCAAGGAGAAGGGACUCACCAAGGAGGGACUCCCCAUCAAGGAGAAGGGACUCACCAAGGAGGGACUCCCCAUCAAGGAGAAGAGACUCACCAAGGAAGGACUCCCCAUUAAGGAGAAGGGACUCACCAAGGAGGGACUCCCCAUCAAGGAGAAGAGACUCACCAAGGAAGGACUCUCCAUCAAGGAGAAGGGACUCACCAAGGAGGGACUCCCCAUCAAGGAGAAGGGACUCACCAAGGAGGGACUCCCCAUUAAGGAGAAGGGACUCACCAAGGAGGGCAUCCCCAUCAAGGAGAAGAGAUUCACCAAGGAGGGACUCCCCAUCAAGGAGAAGGGACUCACCAAGGAGGUCCUCCCCAUCAAGGAGAAGGGACUCACCAAGAAGGGACUCCCCAUCAAGGAGGAGGGACUCCCCACGAAGGAGGCACAGGUCAAAAUCAAGGUCACCUUCGAGGAAAACUGAUGGCUCUAGACAUAGAAGGGAACAUGGUAGAUCUCGGUCAAGGUCUCCUCACUCAAGGAGUCACCAUAGGCGAUCUCCAAGAAGGCAUUCACCACGGCGCAGAUCAUCUCCUUCCAGUCAUCGUCAUCAUUCACCUAGAAGGCCGUGGUCACCACCUGCCAACAGGAAGACUGGAUUGGGUAAGCCUGGACGGAAUCUGUUUGUUGCAGGUUUUAGUUAUGCCACCACUGAGCGAGAUUUGGAAAAGAAAUUCUCUAAGUAUGGGCGUGUGACAAGUGCACGUGUUGUUCGGGAUAAAAGAUCUGGGGAUUCUCGAGGCUUUGGUUUCUUAUCUUUGGAGAAGGAUGAGGAUGCUGAUGCAGCGAUUCGUGCUUGUGAUGAGACUGAGUGGAACGGUAGGAUCAUUCUUGUGGAGAAGUCAAAGGCACCUACAUGGUGAAUCUUACACCUUGGAGAUCAGCACACCAUGAGCCGACAACAUUGCUUCAGCUUGCACAGCUUUUAUUGCACCAAAGAUUUCCUAUUGACUAUAACAUAAAUUAUCAUUAAAUAUGGCAAACUCACCAGCUAUUGAUGGUAUAUUAGGAGUAAGAGUCAUAAUGCACUUCCUAUGGCUACCUUGCUGACAAUUACAACGAAUAAGAUGUUAUGUCACACCUUAGCUUGUUUCAGGGCCCUGCUGCUGAUAAGAGGGAAUUAAUACCUUUUAAUGUCUGCAACCUCUGCGCACAAGAUGUUAUGCCCUGCCAGAUAUGCACGAGGCGUUCAUCCUCUUCCUCAUGGUCACCAGCUGACCUGGCCAAGUGGUUAAGCUCCACUGCAUUAAGGGGCAUGAAUGGAAUUCAGAUCUGUGAGGCUCUGAUACUAAACCGUCUAGUUGACCUUCCAAUAAUUUAUAGCAAUGUAGGUUCCAAUCAUCAUGUUUAUAUUUGCACCUUUGCGAGGUAAAAGAUGGCAUCUUUCUUUCUUCACUGUAGUUUGUGGUUUUGGAUUCUAGUUACUCCGUGCUUGAUAAUGGAUAUAGCCAACUUGUAUUUUCUUUUUGCUCGUUAUGUUAUCCUGUAUGUUACCUUCCAUUAAAUUCAAAACUAUCUAUGCUCGACAACCUUUUAGCUUC